CUCAAAUAUGAGGCAGGAUGCAGUGAGGCUGCUGCAAAGGGCACCAGAUGCCAGAGGACUCAAGAUAGGAUCCUGCUGUGUCGAGCUUACCCCCUUUAGGAAAGCGAGUUCUUUUCUGAUCCACUCCUGAACAGCAAGGUUCUGCAGGAAUGGACAGGAACACCAGCACUGGUGGCAUGGAGGGCCAGCUCAGGAGCCCCAGCCAGGAGGUGGAAAAUAAGCAUGAGGAGAAGGUCCAGGAUCCUGACAGAGAGAAGGACGAGCCUAAGGCAGACAUGGGGAGCAAAACCUGGGCAGACCUGGCUGCGGAGAUGAAGAUAUUCUUGUGGAAUCCAGAGGAGAGAACAUGCUUGGGGAGAACAGCCAAGAGCUGGGGCUUGAUCUUACUGUUUUACUUCAUUUUCUACACGUGCCUGGCGGGAAUGUUUGCCUUUUGCCUGUAUGUGAUGCUACUCACGCUGAGCCCCUACACACCCAGGUUCCGGGACCGCGUGUCUCCGCCAGGAGUGAUGAUCAGACCGUACUUGAAUGGGUUCACCAUUGCCUUCAAUGUCUCCCAGCCCAACACGUGGCAGCCCUAUGUGGACAGCAUGCACCACUUCCUAGCAGCUUAUGAUGACAAACUCCAGGAGGAGAAGAAUAUCGAGUGUGUCCCAGGACAGUACUUCAUCCAAGGGGGAAGCGACAGUGAGGAGAAGAAGGCCUGCCAGUUCAAGCGCUCGCUGCUGCAGAACUGCUCUGGCAUUGAGGAUCCAACGUUUGGCUACUCCAGAGGCCAGCCCUGCAUCCUGCUGAAGAUGAACCGGAUCAUAGGCUACCGCCCUGGUGCUGGGGUCCCUGUGAGUGUGGACUGCAAAGUGCAGAAAGGCAAUGAGAGUCACCUCAGGUCGGUGGACUUCUACCCUGGGAACGGGACGUUUGACCUCAUGUAUUAUCCCUACUAUGGCAAGUUCACCCACGUCAACUACACCUCCCCACUGGUGGCUAUGCACUUCACAGAUGUGCAGAAGAAUUACUUGGUCCCCAUCCAGUGCCGUCUGAAUGGGAAAGGAAUUAUCAACGACCUGAACAGUGACCGCUUCCUGGGCCGAAUCAUCUUCACACUCAGCAUUGGGAAGUAGCCCC